AUGGUUAAUCUCAGCGUCAUUUGCAUUGCCACUGUGGCCGCCUUUGCCUCUCUUGGUGCGGCUAAGAAUUGCCAAACACGUUUCAAUUACUGUUCCUCCGCUCUUCUCAAAAGGGGCAACUACGACACCCAGAUCCGGAAUGCGGUUGCUGAUGCACAGGGCGCAUUCCCUGGUGUGAACAGAGACAACGCCUUGUUUGCCUGUCUUGGAGGCUCCAACGGCGAGAUCAAGGUUAUUCAGAAAUGCGGUUAUCUGUGCAAGGACGGAGGCGCCGGCCACACCGACAGCUGUUAA